AGUCUUUUUUUCCGGGCGUCGGAGGCGCAGGAGUUCGGCGGCGUCGGCGGGGCAAAACCGGAGUGCUGAGCCAUGCCCAGGGGAGGAAAGCAGCCCCAGCACCAGGAGGAAUGGAUCGGGGACGGGGAGGAGAAGCCUUGUCCCGGGCAAGGGGCUGGAGACAAAAUAGUCAAGAAGGGGAAGAAGGAUAAAAAGACCAAAAAAUCGUUCUUUGAGGAACUGGCUGUGGAGGAGAAACACUCCAGCGAGAAUCAGACAGCAGAGAAAGAAAAGAAGGAGCAGCAACAGCAACAGCAGCAGCAAAAGAAGAGGCGAGAUAAAAAGAAAGACCAGAAGAAAAAACUGGCAGCAGAAGAAGAUGAGGAGGAGAACCAGCUGAUUGAGAGAUUGAAGAAGCUGUCUGCCCAAGCCAGUGAUGAGGAAGAUGAAGUGCCCAUUGCUGUCACCAAAGCAGGCAAGAAAAAGAAAGAAGGAAAUGUGUUUGCUGCCUUGAACCAGGAGCAGAGUGAAGAGGAGGAGGAAGAAGAAACAUCAAAGCCCAUGAAACCUGACAAGAAUAAGAGCAACAAGGCAGCCUCUGAUGAUGAAGAAGGGAAGAGACCAGGGAAAAAAGGCUCCAAAACCACCCAGAAGGAAGAGGAAGAGGAUAAGGAAGACACAAAGCGGAAAAGCAGAAAGAAUGAGAAGAACAAAGGAAAACAACAGAGAGAAGGCUCAGCAUUUGCAAUCCUGGCUCGGAGUGAUGAGGAGGAAGCAGAAGAAGAAAUCAAGAAGCCCAAGGAAAAAUCUAAGGCUGGAGCCAAACAAGCUGCUCAGUCUGAAGAGGCUACAAAAAAAGCGAAAGGGAAGAACAAUCAGCCAGCCAAGAAUAUGUUUGCUGCUCUAGAGGCAGAGGAAACAGAUGAUGAAGAGGACGGGGAAGAGGAUAGUGGAGAGGAGGACUUCACUGAGGACAAAGAGAAAUCCAAACAGGGCAGCCAGCCGCCAUCGGAGGAGGAAGAAGAGAAGAAGGAAGAUGAUCCCUAUGCACAUCUUAGCAAGAAGGAGAAGAAGAAACUCAAGAAACAGCUGGAAUAUGAGCGGCAGGUGGCAACCUUGAAAGCAGCCAGCGCGGCGGAGAACGACUUCUCAGUAUCCCAGGCGGAAAUGACCUCAAGACAAGCCAUGUUGGAAAAUGCCUCAGACAUCAAGCUGGAGAAGUUUAGCAUCUCAGCUCAUGGAAAAGAAUUGUUUGUCAAUGCAGACUUAUAUAUUGUAGCUGGGCGCCGAUAUGGUCUGGUGGGCCCUAAUGGGAAGGGCAAAACCACUUUGCUGAAACAUAUCGCUAACCGGGCCUUGAGCAUCCCACCCAAUAUUGAUGUGCUGCUCUGUGAACAAGAGGUUGUUGCAGAUGAGACUCCAGCGGUGCAAGCUGUGCUUAAGGCAGACACCAAGCGGCUGAAGCUGUUGGAGGAAGAGAAGCAUCUGCAGACACAGCUGGAGAAAGGGGAUGACACCGCAGCAGAGCGCCUGGAAAAGAUCUAUGAGGAACUGCGGGCUACGGGAGCAGCAGCAGCAGAGGCCAAAGCACGGAGAAUCCUGGCUGGGUUGGGCUUCAACCCUGAGAUGCAGAAUAGACAAACCAGGAAAUUCUCAGGUGGCUGGCGCAUGAGGGUGUCCUUGGCCAGAGCCUUGUUCAUGGAGCCUACGUUGCUGAUGCUUGAUGAACCUACCAAUCACUUGGAUCUCAAUGCGGUCAUCUGGCUUAAUAACUAUCUCCAGACAUGGAAGAAAACCCUUCUCAUUGUUUCCCAUGACCAAGGAUUCUUGGAUGAUGUGUGCACAGAUAUCAUCCACCUGGACAUGCAGAAGCUUUUCUACUACCGAGGAAACUAUAUGACUUUCAAGAAGAUGUAUCAGCAGAAACAGAAGGAGCUGCUCAAACAGUAUGAGAAGCAAGAGAAGAAGCUCAAAGACCUGAAGGCUGGGGGAAAGUCGACAAAGCAGGCAGAAAAGCAGACCAAGGAGGCCCUGACGCGGAAGCAACAGAAAUGCCGCAAGAAGAACACGGACGAAGAGUCCAUCGAGGCCCCUGAGCUCCUGAAGCGGCCAAAGGAAUACACUGUGAAGUUCACCUUUCCAGACCCACCACCUCUUGCCCCACCCAUAUUGGGCCUCCACGGUGUGGACUUCAGUUAUGAAGGGCAGAAGCCCCUUUUCAAAAAUUUGGACUUUGGGAUUGACAUGGAAUCGCGAAUCUGUAUCGUGGGCCCCAAUGGGGUGGGGAAAAGUACACUGCUGUUGCUGUUAACUGGGAAGCUUACACCGACCAGAGGAGAAAUGAGGAAAAACCACAGGCUAAAAGUUGGCUUCUUCAACCAGCAGUACGCCGAUCAGUUGAAUAUGCAGGAAACGGCAACAGAAUAUCUCCAGCGCAAUUUCAACCUGCCCUAUCAAGAUGCCCGUAAAUGUCUGGGGCGGUUUGGCCUUGAGAGCCAUGCCCACACCAUCCAGAUUUGCAAGCUGUCUGGGGGACAAAAAGCUCGUGUAGUAUUUGCUGAACUGGCUUGUAGAGAGCCAGACGUCCUAAUUUUGGAUGAACCUACAAAUAACCUGGAUAUUGAAUCAAUUGAUGCCUUGGGCGAUGCCAUCAAUGACUAUAAAGGGGCUGUGAUCAUUGUCAGCCAUGAUGCUCGGCUUAUCACGGAGACCAACUGCCAUCUGUGGGUGGUGGAGGACCAGACAGUCAACCAGAUUGAUGGCGACUUUGAAGACUACAAACGUGAAGUGUUGGAAGCCUUGGGUGAAGUCCUUGUCAAUCGACCCAGAGAAUGAGGCUGAAAGAGGUGGAGUCUCCAGAACAUGCACAGCCUCUUUCCAUUUUUCUAGUGGAAGCUGCGCCCUCUCAAGAAGCAGGGCUUUAUUUAUGUGACAUGGAGGGACAGAUUUGAACAUGUGCAAGAAACUAAAAACUCUUGUUCUUUAACUCUUUUUCCCUUCCUCUCCCACCUGCAGGGAAGUGAACUUAUCAAAUGGUUAAUAAAGGGUGUGGUUGGGUGGGUGUCUCAUAAUGACUUCUUUUUCCCCAAGCAGACAUUUUGGAAGACCACUCUCAUUUUACAAAUCUCCUUUCUCCUCUCCUUCCGCUAUUUUUGGGAAUAGUUGGAACACAGACAUGUAAACUUAUUAAAUUAAAAUGUGACAGUCAC